GUUGAUUCAAAAAGGGGGCGUCACCACCAUUCUUGAGCUCAUACGAACACUUCGCUGUUUUGUAAUUGUUUAUUUAGUUCGUCAAAAUGCCCGCGCAAUUUCGCGUGUUUUGUUCAUCGUUAGCGUUAAUCGUAUCUGAUAAACAGUCAUGUAAUUGAUGUCAAUUGAACCGGGUGUCUGAUUUCGGUGAAGCACCUCGUGUGGCAGUAGUUGCAGUCACGGUGACGGGAGAGAACAAGAGGAUGUUCAGUUGUCCUAAUAAGAGUGAUCAUUUUCGAACCCAUGCGUAGAAUUUAACUGUAACCUGUUCGGAUCCGUUCAAACCGGGCGGCGUGUGAAAUAAUUGUGUUUAAAAUCAGAUGAUUAUUUGCACUUUAACGAGCCCACUGAUGGUGUCGCAUUUUGUUGUACGACGGUGUGUUGUUGAUUGAUAACAAAACGGGUGAACUUCAGUGGCAAUGUCGGUGAUUCAUUUACGGUGCUUGAUAACGUUAAAGUGACACAGUGUCAUAGCUCAUAACAAAUAGCAUUCGAUAAUUACUGUCAGGAAGUGAAGAUAGUGAAAGCAUAUAUAAGCAAAAACAGUAACGAAUUUUUUGGUGUACCAAAUCAAAAUUAAAGAAACCAUGCAAAUUUUCACAGUAUCAUUUACUUUCAUAAGUGUUUUUCUGAUGGACGGAGUUCGAGCAUGUCUUCCGUAUGUGACCCGUGACUUUUGGGAUGCUCGACCUUCGAAACUCGUGGAAAAAUUCACCGGUCCUAUUCCUUAUGUAAUCAUCCACCAUUCCUACCAGCCUGCGGCUUGCUACGAUGAGAAGGAGUGCACGAAAGCUAUGCAGCUAAUGCAACGUGUGCACCAAGAAGAUCGGGGAUGGAAUGAUAUCGGUUACAGUUUCGCUGUGGGAGGCGAUGGACGAAUUUAUCAAGGACGAGGAUUCAACGUAGUGGGAGCGCAUGCACCCCGGUACAAUGAUCGAAGUGUGGGAAUCUGUAUGAUCGGUGAUUGGCGAUUCGAUUUACCAUCGAAGAAAAUGAUCAACGCUGCACAAAGUUUAAUUGAGUAUGGCGUUCGCAAUAACAUCAUUGCAUCAAACUAUACACUAAUUGGUCAUAGGCAAACUCGACCGACCGAGUGUCCCGGCGAUAGACUGUAUCAGGAAAUACAAGAAUGGCCGCAUUACUCGCCUAUACUGGACGUAGUGGAUCCUAACAGUAUUCCUACGUAGACUGAAAUUCCAUCACAAUCAAUAUAAAUGGACUCUAAUUAGAAAUAUUCACACUAAAAAUAAAAACUAUUUUUGCUACUAUAAAAUAUGAUAAAUAAUGUAAUGAGAAUAGAAAAAAAGUACUACGUACUACAUAAUUUUGAAAAUGUCUGAUUUACAUCUGAAAUAAAAAACAGUAAGUUAUGCAUAAGUUAAACUUGGAACCUUCAUUUUUAUACAUCAUCAAAAUUUUAACAGCAACAGUUGCCUGAUGACGCACAGUGGUCCAAAGCUGGAAAAAGACGGUCAAAAGUAUGUACUGACAUUCUCUGAUUUUUAAGAGCUAACGUGUCUUCGAAGAAGUUUUACAAGAUUAUAUUACGCUUUUUUGAAAGUGACACCUUAAUUUUUGUUAAGGAGGUAGUACCAAUU